ACCAAGUUAAAAUGUCUUCCUUGUCAUGGGUUUCGCAGUUUAAUUUCUCCACUUUGAAACACGGAAGGAUACUAUAACUUAUGUUUUUUUCAUAAUUGUAAAGAUGAACAACGGAAGCAAUUCACAGACACGCUUACAGCGUGGGCAUUUCACCUUAAAAAGCAGCGGUAGGUGCAUUGUUGGCGUAUCUAAUAAUAGGAAUCCAACAUGGCGUCCGCCACUGCUGAUACAUAAUGUUGUGCUUACAAGUUUUACUUAAGUUUACGUCUGUCGCUGGUUGUGAAAUUCAUUUUGGUAAUUUUUUGUCUUUGCCUGUUAAAGCUGCAUAUCCCAAAGGAUGGGCGCCAUGCCCUACGGUAUGGAUAUAAAAUGACUAAAUAUUAUUCAUCGGAAUUCAGCUUCUCGAUCUUUGAAUGUUUUGCGGUCGACACUGGCUCUUGUAUGCACAUGCAGUGACUAGGAUCACGCAGUUUUUAAGUAUACCGAUUAAAUUCCUGGAUUAUUUGUUUGAAAUUUAUUGAAAUACUUUUCUUUUCGUUCCUGAUUAACAUUAUCUAAGCAUCUGAAUUAAUAUUUGUAGCACUUGCCCCAACUUCUAUGUCUUAUAUGGGACAGGACUUCAUAGCAAACCACAUGAAAUCUCACUACAGGCGCAUACUGUCAGCAAAAGGUAUUCAUUAAAUUUGUCACAAUUUCUGUACAUAAAGUUAACAGUAAGAAAUGUUAGGCCUGCUUCAGACGCCAAACUUUUCUUGAGCGAAACUAAUUUGAAUGAAGAGGCCAACCCAGAUUAUUUAGACUGGCUGAAUUGAUUCAGAUGCUGAUCUUAAUUCCAGCCAAAUUAAAUUCAAAAGGAGACAAAUGCUCUUUUUGGUCAAACUGCUUGCAAAAUACGUAAUUACAGACUAUACAUUAGGUCAGGCACAUGAAAAGUUUGGCAUCUGAAUCAAAGUCAUUCCAUAGUCAAAAUUCCCGGCCAGGCUAGGUGAGAAGAAUGGCUGGGCUGUUCCACAUUGAAAUAGGCAUUCCUAAUUGUUUCAGACACUGAACUUUUCACACACUUGAUUCAAUGUACAUUAGGUUUAGCUGAUGAAAAGUUCAGCGUCUGAACUGCAUGGGCCUUAGAGAUAUGAAGGUCAACGAUCUUGGAAAGAGAUAAUUGCUUGGAGUUGGUUGAAAAGAUACAAAACAAGAAACAAAACAAAAAGACAAUAACAAUCAGGGAAAUGCAAAUUCAUGGUAAAGUAGUGGUUGUGUAUUUACAGUAGUUCCUUUAGUUUAGUCAUGAUCAAGUAAAAUAUAAUAAUAUGAAGAAACCCCAAAUAAUUAGCAAGAGAAAAAGCAGUCAAUUGUUCUGCAGUAGUUAAUUUACCAGCUUGGCUGAGGAGUUAAACUUGGAGCUAUUGCUUAGUGGCCUAAGCGGGAUUGGUACCUAGCUGGAACUCCAAAUUGCAUGUCAGACACACAUUGUCUACUCGGCUAAUCUGCUUUCUUGUGUACAAUAAUAAAGAUGGGCUUAUGGUAUGGGUAAAGCUUGGGUGCAUGUGAUAUGCUUUUAUCAGAACUAGUAUAAAUUUACCAGUCCUAUAAAGGCCCUGGUUAGUGGUUUACACUGAGAGUUGAAUUCCAGCAUGUCCUGCAUGCCUAGCAGACCAGCGAUUGCUGAGAGCUAACUUAGCAGUUAAAUUAGUUAAACCCCAUCUGGUAUUGAAAAGGUGAUUGUUUAUAUAGCUUGAUUACAAGGCCAAGCUGCUCUUGUAUUAACCAGUAUCGAAACAAUUUUGUUUGCUCAUCAGCUGCUGUUGAUACAUCACCUCCAAAAUCUAUGAAAAUGCAUAUGAAAGGUGAGAAUCUAACUAAAAGCCAGCACCAUACAUGUAAUCCUUGAGCAUGACAAAACACAACUAAUGUGCAAGAGAAAGAAAUUUUCCAGUAACAGGGUCGAGUUAAAGGACACUUUUUUGCUUGGUUCAACAAACUGACGAAAAGCAAUCUUAUGGCCAUGGACCUUAAAAUAUUUCACUUUGUAAUAUUGAUAAUGAUCCAUUUUUCGGUAUACCGGUAGACUAUCUUGACAAAUUUGUCUUUCUCUGUGAUUGCAAACCUUUAACUAAGAGAGCUUUAACCUCAGAAUUGCAGGCUUACAGCUGAAUGUGUUGUAGGAGGUUUGAAGGUUCAUGGUUUAUAGCAGAAUAAUUGCAACAGUAUUACAAGGGAAAAUAUGCACCUCAAAUUAUGAAACAAGUUUUGAUGAAAAAGAGUGCAUUUUAUUCUUGGGCAUCGUAAAUUAUCUAGUAAAUGCCCGGGUGUCUAUUUAAUUUUAGAGGUCCAAGCAGGGGCAUUUAAUAGGUUAAGGAGGUGUUUAUAAGACAGAGGCACGCAUUUAUUCUCAUAACUGUAACAAGCUCUACAAAACUAUUAAUAUGCUUUCAGCAAAAAUAUCAAGAGGCCGUUUACGGUAAGUACCAUUAUGUUUUUAAUUUCUCUCUGAGUGUAUAGUUCGUGAUCAAAAGAAGCGUGCUGCCCUGGAAAGCAGAGCUGGAACUCCACUAUCACUGACAGCUAGGGUGAGUGUUGAACACUUUAAAUAGAAUAAAACAUGUGUUAAGAGACCUUGCAGUGAGAUUUAGGACACUACAUGAUUAUAGUUAAUAAUCAAUGGUAAUAGGAAUGAGUGGAGUCCAAUUCGGUCUGUAAUCAUACAAGUGAUUAACAAAAUUGGACACCCAUGUAGCAGGAGUCUGAUUUGUUUAAUCACCAGUAUAGCAGACCUAAUUGGACAAUUCGAAGUUCUGUUACCAAUUAAUCAUAACUAUAACAAAAUUUGUGAUCUUGAAGGCUUUUUUCUAAGUAAAACACAAGAAAUUCCAAGAGGUUUUUUGCAAGCAGUGAAAAAAAGCCAUUUAAAUUUAAGUGAGCGCAUGCAAUGGUGUAUACUGUCCAAUUACUUAGGCAUAACGAGUUAGCAUACCUGUGCUCACAUAUCCAAUUAUUUAUUUUGCUCUGAGAGGACUACAUAUUACAUGUUGCCAACAUUGCUGUCUCAGUGUACAGUUACCAGUUAUUGUCUAAUUCCCCUAUAAAAUUAUUAAAAUAGCCAAUCCUACUUGGAUGUAACAAGAGGAAAUUAUUGGUCUUAUAGUGUCAUUGGGCAAGACUGUAUUGAAGUACCCUUACAGUACUCUAUCAUCCAGCUGUUGUUUUUAACUUGUUUAGUUUCUGUAUGCAUUUGUCUGAAGUCCUUACACACUGAAUACAUGUAGUAUUAAAUUUGUUGAAAGGUACUAAAUUAGAAUGGAUGUAAAACCUCUUAAGUUAUCACUAAGAAUUAUUCAAAUUACAGUGCCACUUUCAGCAUGUUUCAACUGAUAUAUUCUUUAGAGCCCUUCCACGGAGUUCUUGACCUCAUCAUACAAUGAAACAUCUGCCGUGAACUCAGCCAGAGGUCACCAGUCUCCAGACCUAAGACUUGUUAGUGCCACAUCUGCAUGGUCUCCAGAUCAACGACCAUCCACAGGGAAACCAAUUCAGAGAAGUCAGUCUGUACAAUCCCUUAACAGGCAUUACCCCACUACCACACCAUCACCAUCACCAAGAGAUAUAUUUACAACACAAGCCCAGUCAACACCAAGAUCAGCCCGGCACCCACAAUUGCAGGCACCAACUUCACCCAUUGCAAGAAAACCAAAGCAGACUCUAAAAACAGCCCAUCGAUUGAGGCAGAAGAACGAUCUGAGGACUGCACCAUCUCUUGAUAAUUCAGAACAAGGAAUGACAAAUAAUUACUUGGAUGAAAAUGUUAGGACACUUUUGGGCACUAAUGAUGAGCCUGAUAAUUUGAAAGUUCCCAUGAGAGCUGGUCACAAUACCAGUGAAGAGGGAUCACAAGAAACUGACAUAUCAUAUAGCUUGAAUUAUGACACUAGUAGCAACAUAAAGCAUAAUGCAAUACCAAGGCUUGACCUAACACAAGUGUCAUAUAGUCACAGAGGCCGUCCGUCAGUAAGGAUGAAUGAUUCAGCUGACUUCCAGGCAAACUUGUGGUGGGUGCUUAUUUUAAUGUGUGUCCCCUUUUUCAACCUCAGACACAUGCCUCCCCUUUUCACCUCACCCUGAGAGAUUCAGGGAUUCAAACACAGGACAAUACCCAAGUUUGUCUCCUCAAGUGACCAAUCCUCUUGCUCAAUCAAAAUCCUAGAACUACCCUUGACAACCAGGGGGUACUCCCUUAUAUAAUUCAUAUAUAGGUAUGUGCCGCCCCAACGGGUGGGGUUUUUGGACCUUUUUGGCCUGAAAGUGGGGUAUAGACUUUCCCCAAUUUUGUCUGGAAUCAGGUAUGGUUUUCGAGGGAACUACAGGAGUGUAUGAAUGUAUUUAUUGUUUCAAUUCCAAGUGAAUAGGAAUGAAAUAGAAAUAUGUGAAUUCAAAAUGCAUUUGAAGAAUUUUUUUUGUUUGCGCUCUAAUCUAAGUAAUGAUGACAUAAUUUCUGCCAACAGGCAAGGUCUGAAAAUGGGUGUGGAAAAUGACAUUUUUUGGUCAUCAAUCCAGAAAGUAUUCUAUGCAUUCCUCAAAAAAGGUGACAAAAGAGAAGACAAACAAUUUGAAGGAAAUUGUAAUACCUACAUAUACUGUGCUGAAUUAUAAAGUUCCUUAAAGUUCCUUGGGUGUGUGUAUUAUAGAUUGCCUGUUGUGAACAGCACCAUACAUGUACUUUGAUUUGUAGGGAAGAGGAGCAGAGGUACCUUAAAUUUAUUUCUGAUGUUACCACAGACAUUUUAGCGAGAGGAAUCUUCAGUAACAGGUACAUGAUUUAAAGUAGGUUUCUAAAAUUAUUACUCUUGUAUUAAAUGUGAAUACAAUGAUAUUAAAAUAAGCUCAGAAAAAAGGGGGCAGGGAAAGUGGGAGAGAAAAGAAUGAGGAGUACAAUAUAAAGGGGAUGUGAAUUGAGAUGGAAAUAGUGGUAACGCAGGGAAUAGAAUAAGGGAUUGGAAUUAGCAGAUAGGGGUAGAUAACCAGAGAGAAAUGGGGCAUGGAAAUCAGUGGGAAUGCAUGCAAAUUUUAUAAAAAAAGGAUGGGAACUAAACAAGAAGUGAGCAAGUAUUUAGCGAUUUUGUUGCAAAUAGUUAUGAUGAGUCGUGGGACUCAUCUUGUGAAAAAACAUGAGUCCCAGUCCAGAACCAUUGGGUCUUUUGGUAACCACACAGUUAAUCCGAAGACAGACUCCAAAACUCUGUAUUACAGUUUACUGAAAUAAACAUAUACUCCUUCUAUUGUAAAGCACAACAAAGACUAAAAGAAAUAAGCAUCAUUUAACAACAGCCACAGAAAUCAUACAGGAAUAAAACAUCUUCAGAUUGAUCAAUCGAUCUUUGCGUCCUACGGGAUGCAUACCACAAAAUAUUUUGUGUCUUUGGGGAUUUUUAUGCUUCAGGGACACAGGACGCAGAGGUAACAAAAUCACUGAGGAUUGUGAGAGUGAGGACAUAUGCUGGAAGAGAAAAUAAGGGCUUAAAAAGGGAUAAGAGAGGAUAGAAGUGGAAAAUCAUGGACAGGAAAGUAACAGAGAACUUAUGAGAACUCCAGGAAGCUCAAGAAUGGAAGAGGAUGUGAUGGGAGAUGAUGAUUAGAGAGGAAGUGGGGUGGGGUUUGGGAGCUGAGAUGGAAGUGGUAGGAACUGGAAAAAUGAGGAGGGAAGAAACAGGAAUGGGAACUAACAUUAAUCCCUCUCCCUGAGGGACAAUGGUGAUGGAAGUAAGAUGUAUGGAAGAAAAAUGACAUAUUCUGCUACAUAAAAAAAUAGAUUGAUUAAUGUAAAUUUACUUUUCUCUCUAUUGUUAGAUUUAGAGUGCAUUUUACAAUUUUUAGGUAUUUUUGUCUCUUGUAGGGUUCUUCAGCAAGUUUUUGAAAUGCACAUUGAAAGAAGAAAAGAACAUUUAGAUGAGGUAGGUUAAAAGAGCUCCUGUGAAAAUAAAUAAUGCUUUUAACAUUGUGCUGUUGUUCUGGUGGGCUAAAACAGUGGCUUUGAGGGGAGGAAGCCAUUGUGAAGAGGUGGCCAUUAGUAGAAAUCCACAGGGUGCAAAGAAAUUCAGUUUUACAGCUAAUUGGCUUUUGUGCAUGUACUAACCUAAGAGUCAUUGUAACAAGCCCCCCAAAAAUUCUUGACCAGCAGGAUUGAUUGCAGUUCUUCUACUAUUUGAAUUCCCCUAAAAAACUUCACUAGCUUAUCGGGCAAGUUAAGAACAGAAUUCAGUUGCCCAGUAGCAAAAUCCACUAGCCCUGGGCUUUAGGACAUGUCUCUUAGCACACUGAGUCUCACUGUCAGUUUUGGCUUCAGUUGUAGAGAUGUUUGACAAAAUGAGGUUUGGAGAUUAUUUGGAGACCCUGUAGUGUGUUUGGGACAACUUUGAAUCUUGCCGUAUUACAAGUCAUGGGCAUAUCACUGAGAAGUUUGAGAAAACUGGAAAAUAAAGCACCCUUAUAACCAUAACUGAGUGUUUGACUAGUAAAAUCAGCAGAUAUAGCAAACAUUACUUAUAAUGUGUUCUAUCCUUUCCAGAGCCGUAUGCGGGAGAUGAUUGAACAGCUAAAGGAAGACCUGGGUAUUACAGAUAGCUGACAGGCACUCUAAAGAAUAGGUUAUGUGUACUUACAUAUACCUGAAGGCUGCUGUCCAGGAG